AUGUUGAAAUAUCAGAUUUUUGGUUCUGAUGGUGAAAAAAGUUCUGAAAACUCAGAAGUUGAAAGCGAUAACGAGGAUCAGCCGAUUGAAAAUAAUAAUUUAAAAUUUACUAUUAAAAGAUCAUAUUCUAGUGAUGGAAAUUCAGUAUCUGUUAAACGUGCUCGAAAUAGUAAUAAUUCUUCAUUAGAUGAUGAUGAUGAAUCAGAUGAAGAAGUGAUAAAAAAACCAUCUCGUUCCGCGAAUCCAUUUAUCAAUGACGAAGUAUCUGAGGAUGAUGAAAUGUCAUCUGUUUAUGAUGGUACAUCUGAUGAAGAGUCUCUUGGUUCUGAAAAAGAACUUGCUUCUGCUGCUACGAAUGCUACUGCAACCAGAAGACAUCGUAAUUUGUAUGGGCAAGUCUUUAACAAAUUAAGUGAAGAUGACUUGAAUGCAUAUUUCCAAGCAAAAUAUCAUUCAAAAAGAAAUAAUUACUAUAAUGAUAGCGAAGAUGAAUGUGAUAGAAGUAAGAAUGGUAUUAUUAGUAGACCACCCGAUGGUGCUAAACUUUGGAUAGUAAAAACAAAAAUCGGUGAAGCAAAGAAUGUUGCUAAAAUUCUUAACAGCAGAUUGACUGUAUUAAAUUCUACUAAGGAUAAUCGAGAUAUAUUUUCUGUUAUAUCAAAAGAUUCUGAAAAGUCAUACGUGUAUGUCCUCUCAAAAAAUAAGUUUGCUGUGGAUUCAUUUAUAAAAGGUGUACGUGGUGUUUUAAAUCAGAAGUUAAAGGCAGUACGGGAUGAAGAUUACUUUGAUACUAUUACCGAGAAACCUAAAUGUAUUAGUGUUAAAAUUGGAGCUUUUGUUCGUUUUAAAAGAACAAAGUUUUGUGGUGAUUUAGCCCAAAUAGUUCAAAUUGAUGAGGAGGAGAAUAUGGUUCUUUUAAAAUUAGUUCCAAGAAUUGACUAUAAAAAAUUAAGAGGUCAAAAUCGUUUGAAUAUGGAUGAACUGGAUUUAAUUGCUGAGAAAAAAAGAAAGUAUAAACGUAUUCCAAAGGCUCUUUUUAAUUCAGUAAAAAUUAAAAAAUGUGGUGGUGAUUUUGUUGUUAACAAGGGAAUUUAUACUUUUGAAAAGAAUGAAUACGCUAAUGGAUUUCUUUUUAAAUGGUUUAGUACCAAAUUAAUUGAAACUGAAGGUGUUGUACCAUCAUCAGAAGAGAUAGCUCUUUUUGAUGCUUCAAUUUCUGAAGGAGAUGAUGUGUACAGCUCUUUGGCAUCUGUUGCAAAUGUUAAUGCAAAAAUUGAAAUCGGAGAUAAAGUUGAAUUACUUGGUGAAAAUUAUGCUAACGUACGAGGGAGUAUAUUUGGGCAACUUGUUAAAGUCGGUAAGACUGAUAUUGGUAAAUAUUUUAACGCUGGUGAUCAUAUCAAAGUUGUUAACGGAAAGAAUGCCAAUGAUACAGGAACUGUUGUAAAGUAUGAUUCUUUCUCUGUAUACUAUAUAUCUGAUUUAACACAUGAUGAAAAUAAAGUACCUGCUAACAACUGUAUUACUUCUUUGGAAGUUUCAUCUGGUGUUGAUUCCUGUGGAAUGUAUUCCUAUUUAGACAUUGUCAAAUUGGAUUCUGAUGAAGUUGGAAUAGUUAUUAGAAUUUUUAAUAAAAAACUUGAAAUACUUAAUCAAUUUAAUAAUAUUAUUACACGUGAACCAAGCAAAAUUUACGAGAAAAUAACAUCUCGAAAUGGUAGAACAUUUGACAUAAACAGAAAUGAAGUUGUAGCUGGUAAUCAAGUUGUCGUUGUUAGGGGUAAUUAUGCUCAAAAGAAUUCAGUUGAUAAGAAAACAAUUGCUACCGUUAAGUUCGUUUGCAGAGGAUUCCUAUUUCUUUUUGAUCCAUCAAGAAAUAAAAAUGGAGGAUAUUUUGUUGUUAAACAAAAAGAUGUUGUAUUGUAUGGAAAACCUGAAUUAGAAACACAAGUUCCAAUUGAUGUUGAAGAUGUAUCCACUUUAAAUAGUGGUGUAAUUGGGGAUAAUAUUUAUUUUCCAACCGUAAAGGAUGUAGAUCCUAUUUUCCGUAACAAAAGUGAUGGAAAAGUACAAAAUGUCAACUCUACUUUAACUGCUUGUAGAAAUACUUCAAAUGUUUCAUUAAUUGGAAAAACAAUUAAAAUUUCAAAGGGUCCUUACAAAGGUUACGUUGGAAUGUUAAAAAGCGUUUCUGGAAAUAUUGGGCAAGUUGAGUUAAUUACAACAUGUAGAACCAUAAAUGUUGAUAUUUCUCGUAUUCGCGUUGCUGAUGAUACAGUAUCAUUUACAUAA